AUGAAGUUAAUUGGAUUGUUUUGCACUCUCUUGAUUUGCGUUGCUUUUGUCUCUGCCAACGAGCUUGACAACUCUGACUUGCACAUCUCCCAAAAGGUAAUCGGAACAUGGACUGACGGUAGCCGUGGAAAUCGUCAAUACACUCAAUAUGAUGUCACCGUAACCAACGUAUCACACAGAAACAUUAAAAACUUUUUCAUUGAUACUGACUACACUUUCAGAGUUCGUGAUGGUACUGCCUAUUGGAAUGUUGUAAGAUUACCAAACGGUGAUCUCACUCUCCCAUCAUACCAAACAUCAAUCAAUGCUGGUGCUAGCUACACUUUUGGUUUCAUUCUUCUUGGAUCACCAUCUUCACCAGCCAACCUCCAAGUUGGUGAGGUUCAUUUAACCAGAUCUAAAGAAUAUGCAAAUAAAAAUGAAAGAAAUCAAGAUUCUUUACCCGAUUUUUAUGUUUUUACAAAUAAAAUUGGAGAUCCAACAAAGAGUAUCUUGCAUUACCAAAAAAAAUUUGAUAUUUAA